AUGUACGCCGCUCAGAAUAUAACGCCAACAGUUUUGGAUGCCAUGAAUGGAAAUGUUUCCGAAUGGUAUAACGAAUGCGACAAUGCCAUUAGAAGGUCAGAAAUAGUUCCUGGAACUUACGAAUAUACAACUGCUGUUUCUUAUGGAAACGUAGGUGAGUUUGGAGAAGGUUCUUCAACAACAGUAGAUAUUGCUUGCGACAGGUUUCAUAUAAUUUCUAUUGACAACUCUUUCUUAUACGUGGAACAAGACAUUGAAAUAAAACCUUCUGCCAAGUUGUCUGACAAGAAAGGUUGCAAUGGAAUUUUCUAUGUCGGAUACCAAUAUGCUCCAGAAGUUUUCAUGGGAUAUAAGAUAUAUUCUAACUCUGACUUAGUUCAAACAGUAACAUGGGCAAACUAUGAAUGGUUCGCUUUGAGAAACUCAGUACAACCACAAGCUAGAGAACAAACAGACCAGUAUGCAACUAUUGAGAAAAUAAGAAGACUUGACCCUAACGUUCCAGGAGUUUAUGUUAACCUUUCUGGACAAACUGCAGCAGCAGUAACCAAAGUAAAAUUGAAACUUAGAGUUCCUUUGUCAUCUUUCCUCAUCUUCAG